CUAGGCAACCGCCUCUGCUUCCUCGGAGAGAGCCGGCCCCUUUAAGGGCGCGUCGAACGCCGAUGGCAUGGAUGGGCAAGCUCGGCUUCGAAAGGAGGCCGAGCGGCGCUUCUUCGCUCUCCUCCUCCUUCCUCCUCCCUUCCCCGCCUCGAGCGCCCGCGUAUCUCUGCGGGUGAGGCUGGGCCAGCCUUGGGUCGGGACUCGACUGAUAUGGUCUGGAGAGCGGGGAUUUUGACAGAGCCGCGGAAGGUGGUUGGCCGGGGCAGCGGAGGCCCCGGGAGGCCGAUGGCGGCGGCGGCGCUGGUAGGAGAGUCUAGGGCGGGUCCCCUGGGGAGCCGGCAGCGACGGUGGGCAUUCAGGGCGCUGCUCCUCUUCCCCGUCGUUGUUUCCCUUGUCGCGGGGAGUUCCGUCGGCGGGUGUAGUGAACGAAGCGCGGGGGCUCACGGGAAGCCCCGGGUUCAAUCCCACCCCGCCCCCCGAUGUUAGCAGAGCUGCUGGCUGCGAAGAGCUGGGAGGGAAAAUCCUUUGUGCUUUCUUCGUGGCUUGUAGGAGGUGCAGCAUGGAGACGCGUACAGAGAUCUCCAGCCAUUGAAAACGCAGCAUUAAGAUAAAUUCAACAGUGUAAAUGAAUUGUGAUGGAUGUAAUAAUGGAAUACUGAAUGGUUUAGUUCAUGUAAAAUACGCAGGGAUUUAUGAUUUGUAAAAUGAACCGUGGAAAGAGAAGUCGUUGAUAUUUUAAGGAUGUUUAAAUGAGUAUUCUAAAUUGUAAAACAGAAAAUUUAAUUAAAAUUAUAUAUAUAUACAAAAACAAAGAUCUGCAGCCAGCAGAAGUUCAUCUUUUGAUCAGAAAUGCGAACGACCUAUUUGUUUUAUUUGGUAAGACACACACACAAAAUCUUUGAUAAAAACUAUUGAAAAAGAAAAUAAAUGCGAGCGACCUUGCAAAAGAAGUGGUGCCGCUUCAGCUGCUAGCUUGAGGUAGGAGUUGCACCAAAAGGAAGGAGCGCCUAGCCCUUGAUGGAUGGCUGCCCCCCCCCCACCUCGCUCGCCCUUCUCCGUGCUUCCCUGCAAGAAGGGAGCACAAAGUGGUGAUGGCCCACCAACUUGGAUGGCUUUUGAAAGAGGAUUGGGCAAGUUCAAGCAGGAUAAGGCUAUAAUGCCUCUGAAAACCAGUUGCUGGAAACCGCAGAAAGGGAGUGUGUUGCGCUCAGGACCUGCUUGCAGGCUUCCCGGUGGGCAUUUGGUUGGUCACUGUGAAAACAGGGUGCUGGUCUAGAUUGGACACUAGCCUGAUCCUGAAGGGCUAUUAUGCUCUUAUGCUAACUUGAAAUAUUCAUUAUCCUUUCACUCACUAGCCUGAGAAAGGAGGGCUGGUCAUAUUAUGUCACUGCUGUUGCUUGAAGUGCGGUGGGGAGUCCUGGAACUGUGCUCUUCCAUCCCACACACCCCAUGCACACCUCAGUUUUUGUUGCACAUGACCACCUGGACAGCUACAGAAAGCCUUGCUGGGCAGAAUCUUGUACGUGGCUGACUGGAAAGGUGCAUUGAUAGUGUGUGCCUAACAGUGUAGUCCGACACAUGUUUAUUCAAACAUUACCCUUUAGAAAGUUCUGUUAGGAUCGCACUACUGUAUCUUCAAAAAUGACUUGACCGAACAAUUAGAGAGUAAGAGAAGGGAGACAAUGAAUUAUUUCUUCAUAAAACAGACAUAUAUAUAUAUAUAUAUAUAUAUAUAUAUAUAUAUAUAUAUUUACAGAAUAGAAAACAGGCUUCUACAGAGGUUAACACAUUUAUUUCAUGUAUUAAGUUCAUUGUUACAAGGUAUCAUUGUUCUGUUUCUAUAGCUGGCUUGUUUAAAAAUAGCAGAGUGAGAAGCCAUAGAAAAAGGCUUGGCUAUAACUAUGAGCCCUGGGUUUAGACAAUGCACCAAGCCAAACCACGGCUGAGCUUGCAGCAGCAGGCAUGGAAGAGGACAAAACAGCUGCAAUCUCAUUUCCAGGAGCUUUCAUAUUUGUGCUAAGUGUUAUGUGCAAACCAGGUCUUCAACUCUUGUGGCACUAACAGCUUGAUUGUGCUAUUUGAUUGAUUGAUUUAGCAAUUCAAUGAUCAGAUUAGGUGACUGUUUAAAAUAAACUUUGAAAACUACAGAAGGUUUUCUUCUCCUCUAGGAGGAUCCGGUCUUGAUCCGUCAUUUUAAAGGCCACAAAGAUGCAGUCACCUGUGUUGCCUUCAGUCCAACUACUAGAGCACUUGGUAAGCUUACUUAUUGAAGCACAAAUGAACAAAUGAUUUGUGUGGUCUCUAUUAUUUAUUCAGCUUUUGCCUGUUGGGCAGUUGUAAAUCUGAGACUGAAUGCCUUGGAAUUCUGACCCAAAUGACUUGUCUUCAACACUUCAGAGUUAAGGACUGUAUUAACAGCAAAUAUAUAUUUCCCAACAAAAACACCAGGUAUCAGAAUGAGAGCCCUCCCUCUGCAUUUAUUGGGGUACAUUUAUUUGCCUUGAUUGCAAGUUUGGGAGGGUAGUGCAAGUGUUGGGUAACUAGUCUUUUAAGGCUGUAAUACUGUACACACUUAUCUGGGAGUUAGUCCCAUUGAACUCAGGAGGAUUUAUUGUUGGUAGAUGUUUUUAGGAUUGCACUAUGGGUGACCUUGAGAAUGCACUGUGAGGCUGUAAGCCAUGCACAUUUUAUUUGAGGGUGAAUCACUUAUUGAAAUAAGCAUACAUAGGAUUGCUGCUCUGCAGUGUGUGCUACACCCUGUUUACUGAGAAACAAUAAGCUCAGUUGAGUUCAAGGAAAUGCACACAGAAUUGCAGGCUUUGUUUCACGUGCACUGGUUUUGCUUUGAUGCCCUCCACCUUCUCUGGCAACUUAAGGCAAGAUGCCAACACUUCUGAGCGUUUUGCAGCUCCAGGCCUCUUAAUGCCUUGUGGGUGAUGAUCUAACCAAGGAUAAGCUUAUGGUAUCACAGCUCUAUGACAAGAGGAUUUAACAGUGCAUUUAACAAUGGUCACCUUACAAUAAUGUCUUUGUAAAAUAUGCAAAUAAGUGGUGAUAACCCUAUUUGCUUACCCAUUUUCAUUCUUCAUCCAAACACUAAAUAGGUAACAUGGUUUGUUAUUUGGCUGAAUUCGCUGUGGAAUUAUUGUCCUAGAUCUCAAACUAGAAUGAUUGGACUUCAUUAGAUUCUGUAUUUUAUUUUUAUAUCAGUUCAUGAAAUUGGUAGUAAAAGUAACUGAGACCUUUAUGUUGGAACACAAAAUUGAUAUCUAAGUGUGGAGCUUUAUAAUUAUUUCUUGCCAGCUACCUCUUCUUUGGAUAGGUUUCUUAUGAUAUGGAACUUGAAGCCAAACACCAAAGCCUUCAGAUUUGUGGGUCACUUGGAAGGUGUGACCAGUGUACAGUUUUCACCAGAUGGAAACUUGCUGGCAUCUGCUUCUCAAGAUAGGACAGCCAGGCUAUGGAUUCCAUGUAUGUAAGUAUUACUGAAAAUUAAAUAUUUCCAGGGUUUUUGUUUUCUGAAGAGAUGUUGGGCUUAGGCAUAGUACUGCUUCCUCUAGUUCAGAGAGGCCAGAUUCAUAUAAUCAUAGUUGGGAAGGUACCCUGAGAAUCAUCUAAUCUAACCCCCUGUGAUGUAGGAAUAUGCAGGUGUCCCAUACAGGGAUCGAACCUGCUACCUUGGCAUUAUCAGCGCCACACUCUAACCAACUUAGCUAUCCACUUGGAUUCCUUCAAGGGAAACCUUCUGGAGGUUGUAUGCAAGUGGUGGGUGGGGCCAGAGGCAAAUAUGGGUGGAGCCAUGGAUGUUAUUCUUUCCUUUCUACAAUAGGCUGUGUUCUACCCAUGCAGAAGUCAGAGGCUUCUAUAUUCCACCCCACACACAUCUCCAUUGAGGCAAGCAAAAUGCAUUAUGACAGUUUGCAGACACAUUCCAGCCAGGCAAAAGCAGCCAAAGAGGCUGUUGAGCAGGGCAGGCAAAGGACCGGCUGUGGCCUAAGAGUCCCAAGGGCUAGACAGAAAGUUCUGGAGGACUCGAUUUGGCCCUUGAGUCCCCCAGCUCUGCUCUCGUCUUCUGGACUUUGUGUAAAAGGUUUUGGGUUUCGCACUGGGACAAAGAAGCAAGGGAAGCUGUCUCUUUGAGGAUACAAGCUAGGUUUGAUUUGGGUUGAGGGGUGGGGAAAUUGGAUUAAUCUGUUAUGCGGUUGUGGGACUAAUGCAUGUGCAACAUAUUUUAUAUACAGUCACGGUGAAUCCACACCAUUAAAAGGCCAUACAUCAGCAGUCCGUAGCGUGAACUUCUCGUACGACAGUCAAUUUCUAGCUACUGCAUCCAACGACAAGUCUGUAAAAGUCUGGAGUGUUUACAGCCAACGUCUUUUGUUUACCUUAUUCCAGCACACACACUGGGUGCGCUGUGCCAAGUGAGUGUUUGCAUGCUUUGCCUUCUUGGUUUCUGAAAAGCAGUAACUUUUUUGUCUUUUUAAAACAGCUUCACAUGUCUGUUCAAUUCAGAAUAAAAUGGUCACUAACUUUGCAAGCGGCAAUUGAUUUAGAUGCUAGAUAUCGGCGUUUUUAAAGCUGCGGUAUAUUUCUUUCCUUUCUAGAUACUCACCAGAUGGAAGAUUAAUAGUUUCUUGCAGCGAUGAUAAAACUGUUAAAAUCUGGGAUUUAAGAAACAAAACCUGUGUUGAUGAUAUAAUAGAUCAUGAAGGGUAAGCAGUCUUCAUAUAUGGAAGGAAAUGUGGCAGUGUUGUAGUGACACUUGCAGAUCUGCUAGAGGCCUCUUCAGUUGUUGUGAAAAGCAAAGUGUUGGAGGUGCAGCGCCAUUUGCACUGUCUCCACGACCAAUCUUCCAAACUCAGAGACAAGGCCCGAAGGGGGUUUGUAACGAUGUUUGUCACUGUAUUUUAAGGCUCUUCGGAGUAAUCUACUGUGCUGUAACGUAUUAGAUGUGCUUCUGGUGUGCUUUAGUUUUCCAUUCUGCUCUAUAGCCAUGUUCUGGCUAUAAUGAAAAGCCCUUGGUCUCAGAUAACGUAAACCUAGUACAAUCCAGUCUGCUGUGUUUAGAUACCUUCCUUUACUACUUCUCUUUCCUGGAAGGUAUGCUGUUUAGAUAUGGAACACAUAAUAAUUUGGAUGACGCCAAGUAGUAAGCCAAUCCCUAGUUUUCCUAAUUUGAGUUUGUUUUAAAAAUAAAAAGCUUAGGAAAGAAAUAAGCAGAGUACAGGCCAAAAUGAAACACCGAGUAUUAUUAAGCUAGCGUAAACUGCACAAGCUAAAUUCUCUUACAUGGUGGAGAUCGCUUGGGUUUUCAACAGUGAAAGCAAAAACAUUGCCAAAACUGUUCCACUUUUGUUGUGGGACUUGGGAGGUGAAUGAUUGACAGCUUGAGGAGCUCAGCCAAUGGAAAUAUGGCAGGGGAUCAAAAGUGUAUGUUUCACAUAUUUGUGAAAUUCAAGGCACCUUAAGAGGUGGGCAGAAAGGAGUGGUUAGAAUCAGGGCCAUUUUCCAUUGGGCAAGACUAAACAGACUUUAGCCUUGUCCUUGUGGAUGGAAGUGAAGUGCAGGAAAUGCAAUCUGUGUUUGUGCCUCUGUGAUGGAGAAGAAAAUCUCUGCGGCAGCAGUAGGAUUUCUUAAAGAGGCAUGCAGAGUCUACUUAGCGUAGCAUGAUGCUCACCAGUCAGGAACUCUUGGUGACAACAUGCACAUGCCACCCCAUAGAUGGAGGGAGUCAAUAAACUCACAACGAUGAGCCCAGCCUAGGUGUGCACAGUGCCCCUAACCAUCAGCCCCACUGAUACAGCCAGUAUCAACCAUUCCUCUUCUGCCACUUCCUAGGUAGGAGUUCAAAUUUCCUCGAGCCCCAAAACUGUGUUUGCAUGCAACCUAGUGCACAAAGAAAGAAAGGAGAGGACAUUACUCCCUGAACAGGAGGCAAGCUGAGAGUGCACACAGCCAUCCUGGGGUAGCAUCUAGAUUUAGACUCUUUGGCCAGGCAACCAAGAGAAAGGGGUAGGAAAUAUGACAAAGGCAGCCACAGAAAAACACUGACAGUAGUAGUCUCCAGGGGCUCACUCAGUGGGACAUGAGUUUGGGAAGCAGGAGAUAGGAGUUUAAGCAGGCCAGAAAGUCAGGGAAGCAACAUCCCAUCACUGCUGUGAAAAGAGGGACUUUCUGGCAUGCAAGUGACCCCAGCAUGGCUGUCAAGAGAAAGUAUUGUAUCUUGGCAAGGAGUAUCUAGGUUCAAAUCCUGCUCAGUAUGAUAGCUUCUGCUAACAACUUCAUUUUAUUUUUUAUGGAAACUGCUUUGAGGAUUUUUUUUGUUUUACAAUCAUAAUAUAAGUACUAUGAAAUAAAUAAACGUAUCUCAGUGUGGCCUACCUUACAUGACAAUAGUGAGGGCAGAUAGCAUGGCUCUGAGUCCUUAAGAUGUGAUGGAAAACUCAUUAAAAACAUGGGCCAAUAAAGUAAGCCAAGUGGAUGGCAUUGUUCUUUAACAAAUGACAAAUCGUUAUUUUUAAUGUUUCCUUGUAGAUUUGCCAACUAUGUGGACUUCAGUCCUGAUGGUACGUGUAUAGCUUGCGCAGGCUCCGAUCAUGCAGUGAAGAUCUGGGACAUUCGAAUAAACAAAUUAUUGCAGCAGCACCGAGGUAAAAGGUUACUAAACCUCUUCCUUUCGUAAUUUCUCUAAAAGCUAGUAGAGGUCUUAGUAUCUAAGAGUGCCGGCUGUGUCCCAGAAAGUUUCCAGUUACACUCAUAUCUCUGCUGCUAACUACACUGGCCAAGCCUUUGUCUCUUAUCUUUUACUUGGGGAUAAUAAAGCAAGCCUAUGUUACAGACUUGGCCUAAAUAUUUCAGAAGGAAUUUAAAUCUGGCAUUCUGAGCAUCUGGAAGCAUACAUUAAUGCAAAACUAAUAUUUUAAAAGAGGACUGUUUGAUAAGCAUAUGGCUAAUAUAGCAACGUGUAAUUAUAUAAAUUGCAUGAGCCAUUUUAAAAGUAUGUUCCCUUAUGUUCGAUUUAUGCUGUUGCUUUGGUUUUAUUUGGUGUCAACACUGCCCUUGAAUCAGUAUGGGCUUUUCUUGCCCACUAAAUCUUCUUGAGAAACAUAUUGUUCAAUCUGUAGACUGCCCAGUGUACCAUUCUAGUAAAUUCACAUUUAGCAAGAUCAAAAUGCUGACACAAUUUCCACUUUAGGGCCAUAGUAGAUGAUGACCCCCAAAGCACUGAGUGUGUAAAUCUGAAAAGAUGGCAACUCUGUUGCAAUGAUAAACCAUAGAGGACCACAAUGGCUGGAAUUAAUAUCCCAGCUCACUUCUUAAGCUCAUUCUGUGGCCAUGUAAAAUCUGCAACCUCUCAGCCCUAUUUUACUUUAUAGGAUAACCCAUUGUAUGCUUCUAGUGUCAGUGGUCCCCAGAUUUUUGGCUGGUCUUGGUAGCUAGCAAAAACUUGCAGACGCAACCAUGCCCUUCCCCCAGCUCCCUCUGAUGCUACCCUGAGCUUUAGAGAAGCACGGUCCAUACGUAGGAACAAUCCCACACACCCCUUCCUAGCUCCAAGAGCAGGAGAAAGGUGGGGGCUUGUCUGUGAUACACUGUGCUGUAACUUGGAGUGCCUCCAAUGUAUGGUUCAACCAUAGGGAGAACCUCUCCUUCUCCUCUCCUUCAAUCCUCAGAUUGAAGUUCAGGGGGAGGACAGGAGCUUGCCAAACAUGCCACAACAGGGAGGGCUACCCAAUGUGUUUUGUGAAUUUGUGGAUCCCUCAUCUUGGAGGAAUGGCAAGAUAUAAAUAUAAAAAUACACUCAAUUUUUCUCAUACGGUCCUGCAUUGUAAAUAAGAAAAACAAAAAUUAAAACGUGUAGCCAAGUAGUAACAUGCCUUUGUAAAAUUAGUUACAGUUGCUAUAUAUUCUUCUUAUAGUUUAAUAGUCUGGAUAUUGCUGUUUGUUUAAUGAAACAUUCCUUUUUGACCAACAUAUUCUUUCUUAAACUUCAGGGCUCAACCACAUUUCCUCAAUACUGCACCUAGAAAGCAUGGGUCAGAGUUGUUUUCUGCUUGUCCUGCCGUUUCCCCCUAGAAAACUUGCUCUUUUGCGCUAAAUCAGAGCAAAUACCAGCUUGCAGAAAACCCGAUUGAUGUUUGCUCCAAUUCUGUGCUAAAGACCAGAGUUUCCCAGGCAAAAGUGGCAGGACAAGCAGAAGUCUGGAUGAGCCCUUAUUCUUGAUCAUGGGUAGGCAAACUAAGGCCUGGGGGCCGGAUCCGGCCCAAAUGCCUUGUAAAUCUGGCUUGCAGAUGGUCCGGGAAUCAGCAUGUUUUUACAUGAGUAGAAUGUGUCCUUUUAUUUAAAAUGCAUCUUAGAAUCAUAGAAUCAUAGAGUUGGAAGAGACCACAAGGGCCAUCGAGUCCAACCCCCUGCCAAGUGAGGGAAUUUGUGCGGCAUAGGAAUUUGUUCAUUCCCCCCCCCAAAAAAAUAGUCCUGCCCCCCACAAGCUCUGAGGGACAGUGGACCAGCCCCCUGCUGAAAAAGUUUGCUGACCCCUGGGACUCUUGAUCAAGGCUUUAAAAGAAUCCAUCUGCUUUCCCUCAAUAAGAACUAAGUGUUCUUGCUACUUUAAGCCACAGGAUGGCAGCACAGUAGUGUAGAUAAAAUCACAAGUAUCUUCCACCUAAACAUUAGGAAGAACUUCCUGACAGUAAGAGCUGUUCGACAGUGGAAUUUGCUGCCAAGGAGUGUGGUGGAGUCUCCUUCUUUGGAGGUCUUUAAGCAGAGGCUUGACAACCAUAUGUCAGGAGUGCUCUGAUGGUGUUUCCUGUUUGGCAGGGGGUUGGACUCGAUGGCCCUUGUGGUCUCUUCCAACUCUAUGAUUCUAUGAUUUUUCAAUAAGGUAGAUACUUUGAGCUUGACCUAGGAGAGAAAAAUAAAAUCAGCUUGUGUUUCUAUGCUCUGCUUUUCUUGCAUUUGGUUGUUGAAGGGGGUUCAGAUUCUCUGUACCCAAAGACCCAUCCCUAACCCAGUAAUCAUUCUCUGUUAGUGUGUGGAGAUUCAUUUCUUUCAGAAGCCAAAAGCUCUUGUUUACUCAUGUUAUACAAUACAUUUCAUUGUGUACUACCUGCAGCAGAGCCAAAGCCUAUAGGAUUGGCUCACACAGCUGAUGUCGGCUCCACCACCAGCGGAUGGGUAGCAGAGUUGGAGCUGUCUGGAUCUCUUUUGCAUAACCAGUGCUUGCAGAAAGCUGAAGCCUCAGGCACUUUAAAGCACUGUGCAGGUCUCUUUGCAAGCUCUGUGUGGUGCUUUGAAGUCUCAACUUUGAUGCUUCAAAGGUCCUAAUCACCUGAUGGCAUUGGGAUGUCAGGUGAUUGACAGGUGGGUCCACAAGGCUAGAUCUAAUAUGGAUACUUCCCAUGGAACCCAAAAAGUUCCUCGCCUCUGGUCUACAGGCUCCUUCAGUUAAAACCAGGGCAGGAGAAUCCGAAAGUACAGCCAUUCUCUCAGAAACCCAUGUCAGAUCCCUUACACAUGGUUUGAAACCCCUUGAAAAUGGGUGGUUUUCCAAAUCAUUCAUUUAACCAGCCUUCUUAAAAAUCGUUUCUAGACAGCUGGUUCAGGGAUUCAGCUAUAAGAGCUGGACUUUUACCCUAGAACAGUAAGCAACAUUUUCCCCUCCAGAUGUUGACAGACUCCAAUUCCCAUCAGUCUUAGCCAGUAUAGCCAGUGAACAUGAAUGAUAGGAUUUGUGGUCCAAUAGCAUCAGGAGAGCACCACAUUGAUUAUCCCUGCCCUGGAGUACAGCAAGCAAGGCAGCAUCUUCUUUGAAAGCCAUGCCCAAGGACUAGAUAACUCUGUGCCUUCUGUUCCCAGCCUACCUCUUGAAUAUUUUGGAUUUGUGAGUCACAAAGCUCUAAUUAUUAUUAUUAUUAUUACAGUGGUGCCCCGCAAGACGAAUGCCUCGCAAGAUGAAAAACUCGCUAGACGAAAGGGUUUUGCGUUUUUUGAGUCGUUCCGCAAGAUGAAUUUCCCUAUGGGCUUGCUUCGCAAGACGAAAUGUCUUGCGAGUUUGUUUCCUUUUUCUUAAAGCCGCUAAGCCGUUAAUAGCCACUAAGCCGCUAAUAGCCGUGCUUCGCAAGACGAAAAAACCGCAAGACGAAGAGACUCGCGGAACAGAUUAAUUUCGUCUUGCGAGGCACCACUGUAUUAUUAUUAUAUACUUCCCUUCAUCCAAGGAUUGCAGGGAGGCUUACAAUUUAAAAACACAAAAAUGCGAAACAUAGUAACAAACAAAACAAUACCGCCCCCCUUCAUGACACAAACAGUUUAAAAGGCCAUGGGAUGUUUAGGUAUCCAAGGGCCUUGGAGAAGAGGAAUGCUUUUUCCUAAAUAUAUGUAACAAAGGUGCCACGCAAGCCAGAGCAUUCCACAAGCAGGGAGCCACUGUAGAAAAGCCCCUGUUCUUGUGUUGCCGACCUCUCGCAGAGGAGGCAUAAGGAGAAGGGCCUCAGUUGAUGAUCAUAUGCCUCCAUCUUAAGGGGCACUGUUAAGUGCAUCUGUUAACAACUUUAUGUGCAGUUCUGCAGAAGAACACAGGGUUGCUGGGUUUUGCUCAAUAGAAUGAAGUAGUCCUAACCACAAUGCAACACAAAGGAGAAGCAGCUGAGGGGGAACUAUAGGCACAGUUUAGGGCAGGCAUGGCCAAACUUGGCCCUCCAGCUGUUUUUGGGACUGCAAUUCCCAUCAUUCCUGACCACUGGUCCUGUUAGCUAGGUAUGAUGGGAAUUGUAGUCCCAAAACAGUUGGAGGGCCAAGUUUGGCAAUGCCUGGUUUAGGGAUAAUAGAGUGGCUAUAAGUCAGGUUUGAGGCAGGGAUAGGUAGAAAAUAUUUUAAUGAUUACUGCAGAAGUAAAACAAAAGGUGUUGUUCAUUAGAGAAUGAACUUCAUUUAUAUUGAUGAAUCAGUUUUCAGCUGCACUCUUAUGAACAUGUAUCUGGGAGUAAGUGCCUUUGAAAACAAUUCUCAGUAAGCAUGCUGUGGAUUGCGGUGCAGAUAUUGGCUCCUUUCUUUGCCAUCAAAAUCUGAAUUCUUUUUUACUUAAAUCAGUUCACAGAGCCGGCGUGAACUGCACGUCUUUCCAUCCUUCUGGCAACUAUCUCCUCACAGCUUCCAGCGACAGUACUGUUAAGAUUUUGGAUCUUUUAGGAGGAAGGCUCUUGUAUACGCUUCAUGGGCACGAGGUAGCAUGUUGUUCUCUCUUCUACCCUCUUGCUUGUUUGGGCUUCUAAGGACCCCCUCAUACAUUGCUGUUUUCUUGAAAGACAUAAUUGUUUCGAGCAGAAACACAGAGUUACUGGAAUGUGAAAAGUGUGGCAAUGUAUGUGCUUGGGCUGUGAAUACAACCAUUCAGCAAACUUAGCAAACACAAAAUGUUCAGUAGGUGUAUCUUCGGCUGUUUUACUUCACAUGUUACAAUAAAACAGAUUUCCUACACUGAUUUAAGGCUAAGAGAACUGAACUGAGUUACACAGGCCUGGUUCACACAUCAAGUGAAGCCAAAGGGAAGAUAAAGUUUGGUUUAAUUCGAAUGAGCAGUGUGCCAAUGCAGGUUGCUGAUUCUGCAGGCACUUCGCUUCUGCUGGGAAUCAGAACCUGGGCUUAAUCAUUUAUUAAAUUUCUAUCCUACUUAGUGGCCUGGAUUUCACCAACCUGGUGCCCUGUAGUUUUUUUAUACUACCUGUCACAGCCAGCCAUGACUGCAUUAGUUCACACAGGACUUGAGAGAUGAGCCGCUAUCACAGGGAUGCAGCCACCGUGCAAUUUGGAGUGGUAUCUGCUUAGCUGAGUCCUGAGACAGCCUAAACAGAGUUGAAGGGAUAGAAAAAGUGAAGCUGGGUGUUACCAAUGUGUUUAUCUGAGCUUCCAAUUUGUAUGCAGUCUUGCUCAGUUCUGUAUAUCUUUUGAAACUGGCCGAGAGCUUAGAAUGAAGCUCAGUAGGACUUCACAGGGGAUAGGGUAAUGAACAUCAUACGUGUUUUAUAUUUUUGUUUCAAAGGGAGCAAAAGGCCAUGCUAAUGAAUGGCUAACAAUGUUAUGGUCUCAAUAUAAACUGCAUUGUAGAAGAGGAGAGGGGCUUAAAUGUAAUUUCUGCCUGUGACACAGGCAACAUUAAUCAAAAAUUCCUUUUUUUUCCUUUUCCUUUUCCUUUUUGCUUUGAGUUGACAAGUUGAAAUGAGACAUCAACCUCAGAAACGUUUAAAGCUUCCCUUCAGAUGUCUUCUAAAAGUCAUAUAGUUGUUUAUCUCUUUGACAUCUGAUGGGAGGGUGUCCCACAGUGUGGACACAACUGCUGAGAAGGCCCUCUGCCUGGUUCUCUGUCCUUCCACUUAUUUCUGUGAGGGCCAGAAGGCCCUCAGCACUAGACCUCAGUGUCUGGGCUGAAUGAUGGGGGCAGAGACUCUCUUAUACAGGAACAGGAAAGAUGAUAGGCAAGAAAAGGAUAGGCAUUCUUAUGGAGGGGAGGAGGAAAAUAUAUUAAAAUUAUAAACACUAUGAAGUCUUUUAAUUUUAUUUUUAAUCUGGCUUCUUUUCUUCUUUUUGACUAGGGACCUGUUCUCUCUGUAGCCUUUUCAAAAGGUGGAGAAACAUUUGUCUCUGGUGGUGUGGAUGCACAGGUUUGUUAACGAUUUUGAUUUCUUAACCUGAAACAUGAUUUUAUUAGAUGCUCUAAACAAUUAAGAGUUUACUGUGUUUUAUUAAUACUUUCUUAACAGUCUUACUGACAUUAUUAUAAUUUGAGCCCCUGCCCCUUUGUUUGUGCAUCUUCGAGGUCUUGCCUUGAGAUGCCUCCCUGCCUAAGAGAGGCAAAGUAUUUCGCAGUAUCUCUCCUGUGUCCUCGUGCCAAAUGCAAGGACCACAAAACCAAAACAGUAAGUGUGAGUUAAACAUCAGUCAAUAUUUUUAUUUAUGACUUUUUACAGGUAUUGUUCUGGAAAACAAACUUUGAUGCAUUUGAAUACAAGAAAGUUCUUAAAAAUCACAUGCGAAAAUUACAUGGGGAUGAACCCCCUCAUCUUCUUGAUAUUUACCCUCGAUCACCUCAUCGCCAUGAUGCAAAACCACAAUCUGUUGAGGUAAACAUUAUGGCUUCUAACCUCUAACUAUUUACAAGUUAGCAAGUAGUUGCCUGCAAGUGAGACCUGCAGCAAAAUAUUGCUUCCUGGAAUGUCAGCCAACCAGUCUCUCUUCCAGGCUAUUCCAUUCCGUUCCCUCUCAAUCUACUCUUUUGCAGACCCUGAGGUUUUAUAUGGUCCAUUUCCCCAUGUUCCUAAAUAAGCCCAACAAAAACUAGCUUGUUAUCAAAUCAGUAAAGAAUUAAUGUGUUCACCUGGGAACUCAAAUCUGUAAUCAUUGAAUCAGUACCAGCACAGACCCCAAUAUUCACCCCUCCCUUUAAUGCAGAAAUGUACAUCAGUUCAAGUCUGGUUUUAUCCUUUUGAAAAUAAUUUUUAUUUGGUUUUACAAAAAUAAAGUUAUAACAAUACCAAAUGAAUGUCCACAUUUUGAGAUUUCUCUGAAUCGCCCGACUUCCCCCCCAUUCCCUCCUUGGGUCUUAGUGUCAACAUUUUCAACUUCAUAUUAUUUCGUGAUCCAUGUUUUGUAUCUGCCCAUAUUGUCCACAGUGAUUGUUACAUUACAAGUGUUAUUAAAAUCCUGCUAAUGUUUUCAUCUGCUUACAGUGGCCUCCUAGAUAUAUUACAAUUUUUUCCCAUUCUUUCUUAAAGUUUUUGUCUUCUUGAUUCCUGAGCUUUCUGGUCGGUUUUGCCACUUCGGCGUAGUCCACCAGCUUAGUUUGCCAUUCCUCUUUGGUCGGGACUUUGUCUUCUUUCCAUCUCUGGGCUAGUAGCAUCCGCACAGCUGUCGUCCCAUACAGACAAAGUCUUUUCUGGUCCUUUGGGAUAUCAGUACCUAUAAUUCCUAAUAAAAAAAAGCUUCUGGUUUCUUUAAAUAAAAGUUAUUUUAAACAUUUUUUCAUUUCAUUAUAUAUCAUUUCCCAGAAUGCUUUUAUUACUUUACACGACCACCACAUAUGGUAAAUGGUACCUUCUUUUUCUUUACAUUUCCAGCAGGUAUUUGUACUUGUCUUAUACGUUUUUGCUAACUCAGGUAAAGGUAAAGGUAUCCCUGACUGUUAGGUCCAGUCAUGGAUGACUCUGGGGUUGUGCACUCAUCUCACUCUAUAGGACGAGGGAGCCGGCGUUUGUCCGCAGACAGCUUCCGGGUCAUGUGACCAGCAUGACUAAGCCGCUUCUGGCAAACCAGAGCAGCGCACAGAAACGCCGUUUACCUUCCUGCUGGAGCGGUACCUAUUUAUCUACUUGCACUUUGACGUGCUUUAGAACUGCUAGGUGGGCAGGAGCUGGGACCAAGCUAACUUACUAGGAGUCAAAUAGAUCAGUACAUAUCUUUAUCAACUAAAUAAAUAUUUGUGCACAGGUGUAGACAGAGAAGGACAGAAAUACAUGCACACAUGCAAAAAGAAGGGAACAGUGUCAUACAGUAAAAGGCAGUCACCAUAAUUGUUGGGUUUAUUAAGUAUUCCCAUUAAUGAAAAAUAACACCUUUUAAUAUGGCUAUUCUAUAUUUACCAACUGUAGAUGGUUUAUAAUACUCUCAGCCAUCUUCUUGAUGCUGAGUAAUAAUGCUGAUAGGUCAUGUCAUGUUAUCAUUGUAUCAUCAUCCAAGAUUCUGUAUAGUAUAGGAUAGCUCUAUAUCAUGGGUAGGCAAACUAAGGCCCAGGGGCCGGAUCCGACCCAACCACCUUCUAAAUCUGGCCCGCGGACCGUCCGGGAAUCAGUGUGUUUUUACAUGAGUAGAAUGUGUCCUUUUAUUUAAAAUGCAUCUCUGGGUUAUUUUGGGGGCAUAUGAAUUCGUUCUCCCCCCCCCCCCAAAAAUAUAGUCUGCCCCCCCACAAGGUCUGAGGGACAGUGGACCCCCCCCCCCGCUGAAAAAGUUUGCUGACCCCUGCUCUAUAUGCUUUCCAUAAAAAAUUUUAAUCAAUAGUUGUCAUCUAAGGCAAACAGACACUAGAUGGCACUAACAUUUAAGAAUAGUUUGCACAGCCAGUAUGAGAUAUAUAUUUUUUCAGAAUGAAUAUGUUUUUAAAUACUGGAAAUGUCACACUGUGUCCUAUAGUUUCAAUCUUACCUGGGCAAUAUAUGGAUUAAUUUUACAGCCACAGGAAAGAGAUUACCAUAAAAAGUUCUCUGGGCCUCAAUUUCCUAAACUGUUCAGUUUCCUUCUGCCAUUCUUUAUUUUGCACCCACAUGCACACACCAGUUUUGUAAAACUGUUUUAAAUCUGGUGACUUGGAAAAGAGAGUUAAAAUAGCUUUAUGAUCCAGAAGCUGCUAAAAUUUGGAAGCUUCGGUUGGUACCAAAUGCCUUAGCCCCUCUCCUGACAAGUUAAAUGAAGACAGGAGCACAUGGACCCUGUUUGGCAGUUAUCCAGAAGCUACUGCACUAGAUUCCUCUAGGCUUUGUGAGGCCUUGCUUGAAGUCUCAUCCAUGGAAGAAGUUGAAACAAUGUCAGGUUAGAAUGGGGCUUUCCAGGCCGAUUGCUGCACUGAUAGUGAGGUGUGCAUCUGCACAUAAUUGUUGAUGUUUAAAAAUUUAGGUCGGCAAGCUUUUUAAAGGUUUUGAUGUGACAGAGGGAUAUUUUAACAUCAUGUCAUUGAUUGUGACUGAUCUGUUCUUGACUGUCUCAGAUAUAUUUUAGUGUGCUUUGUGUGAUUUUAGGAUGCUUUGUCACGGUGAGAGUCCUGCUGUUAGCACUCUGCAUUUGUGGAUAAGGCUUCUGACAGACAUUUUUUUACUUACCAUUUUUAAAAGCACUGGUUCAUCUUAGAAGCAAGAAUGUGGCUUAUAACUCGUAAUUGCUCCAAACACCUUGAGCAGAAGUCCAGUUACCUUGGCAGAAACCAAGCCAUACAGAAGAAAAUUGUGCUGUAUGUAACUGGCUGCUACUGAGAUUACUAGUUGAGAUUCCUACAUUAAAGGGGGUCCCUUCCAACUCUUCAAUUCUGUGAUUUUGAUACACAUUUAAUAGUUUGACAAUGGGAAUAUUAUCUUGACAUGUGGUCUUUCAUCCUGUGUCCAUUUUCUGUAGAUGAAACAAUCAUAAUAUUUUCAACUCUGAUUUUCAACAGAUAGAUCCCAGCUUUGACGUCACAGAUAUGCAAACACUUGACCCUCCUGUCAUAGAUAUUACCUCACCUUCUGUUUUACUGGUAAGUUUUCCAAGGAUGAAUUACAAACUAAAAUAUAAUCCAAACAUUGAUUCUAAUACUUUUUUUUAAUCCAGAGCAAUUAAAAAGCUGUACAUAUGUUUGGAUAGGGUUGACUUCCAAAUCCUGCACAGCAUCUGGUACUCAUGCCUUAUUUAUUUCAUUACAGCCAAAUUACAAGGGUAUCCAAUGCUACAGAUUACCUUAAGCCCAAAGGCUCUCUUUCUGUUUUGAUGUUGCUGCUUCCUAAAUACUUUGACUUCCGAUGUCCAUGCCUCAGCAACUAUAUAUUUCAAACCUUGGGUAUAUUAUUCUCAGAUUUCUUAUUAUGUGAUUUUUGUAGACCAUCACCAAAAAAUGCUGCAUACUAGGGUUUUUAAUUCAGCCCUGUGAGACUGUUGCCAAAUAUGCCAGGGCAAGAGCUGUUGGUGGCUACUCUGGUUCAGUGAACUACAAGUAUGUAAAGAUCUGCUCCACUUCUGGGUGAGACCUCCCCUUUGUAUACUGCAGCUAGGGAGUAUUUUCUUGACCAAAGGUGUCACUUUGAAAAGACAAAUAAUAGUGACCAAUAGAUCCUAGAGAUCUAGAAUAUGUGUUCUGAAAUUAAGUGAAAAUGUGCACCACUGUGUUGUUCAUUAAUAGUCUUUACCAAGCGCUUUGUGUGAAAGGGGGAUUUAUUUGUCGCUGCAUUAACACCUCAGAGGUUCUGUGGGAUUUGGGCAUGGACGCUCACUCUGUAUUCCUUUCCCAUAGUACCUUCAUAGUGUAUUUUACUUGUGAACUGUGACAUCCUGCCUCCAUCACCAAUUCUCUCCUUCACACCUUCUCAUUUCCCCCAUUUUUCUGGGAAUCGAAGCUGUGACCAUUAUUCUCACAGCUGAUUCUGAGGCAUAUAUAAAAUUCCUCACAGCCAUCACGAACAACUGCUUCCUUCCUCUUCCUGUGGAAAAGCAACAUUCUCUGAGAGCUGUACCCUGAGGAAUGCAGAAACAGCGGCAGGCCUUUCACACAGGAAAUUACUACUCUAGCACUCUCAGAAAGUGCUUCUGUCACUUGGACUGUCUGCCCAUAAUGAGCUUCCUGCUGACCUACAAGAUGAUUUACUACUGAUCUCAAUGCCUUUGCCACUCCGUAAGCAUAACCAGCGGCUAAUGAAGCUGGCAAUCAGCAGUUCUGUAAAUCUGUAACUGCCCUGCUUUAAACUUGAAUGUGGUAGGCACACAUAUCUUUGGCCGAGCUUGUUCAGAUUCCAUCAAGUAUGGUUAGGUAGCAAAUUGUGCCUGCUUUCCAAAGUGGAAAAUAUUGUUGCGAAUCACGGAACCCUUUACAAACAAUUUUACUUUUUUAACAUUAAAUGUAAACAAUUUCUUUUUUAAGCAUUCAAUGCCUAUAGCACAAAUAGUUGAAACAGGACACAGAAGGCUUCCAUCAGCCAUCUUGAUGUGCCCCAUUGAAAUCAAAGGAAGUGAGAGAGAAGCAGUGCUGGAUCUGAAUCUGGAGCAUUGCCCUUGCUCUAAUUGUAUAGCUGACUCUUUUAGGAAUAUUUGUAAGGCCCAUUUUUCUGGGGGAAUCAAAGCAUGAGCCUCUGCACAACAGCCCAUGCUUUCCUCUUCAGUGACAAUAGUACAGUACCCUACCUAGGUAAAGGUAAAGGGACCCCUGACCAUUAGGUCCAGUUGCAAACGACUCUGGGGUUGCGGCGCUCAUCUCGCUUUAUUGGCUGAGGGAGCCGGCAUACAGCAUCUGGGUCAUGUGGCCAGCAUGACUAAGCCACUUUCUGGCAAACCAGAGCAGCGCACGGAAACACCGUUUACCUUCCUGCUGGACCGGUACCUAUUUAUCUACUUGCACUUUGACGUGCUUUCUAACUGCCAGGUUGGCAGGAGCAGGGACCAAGCAACGGGAGCUCACCCUGUUGCGGGGAUUCAAACCACCGACCUUCUGAUCAGCAAGCCCUAGGUUCUGUGGUUCAGACCACAGCACCACCCGCGUCCCUACUUACCCACACAUAAUAUAGAUGGGUGGUGAUAUGGGAAAUAACCUUGCCAUUGCAGAAUAACCAUGUGUAUGUCUGUCUGCCUGCUCUCCUUUUGGAAAUCUUAGAUAUAUGUGCAUUACACACCGCAUAUGGGAGUGCACAGCCUUCAGAUGACUUAAAAAUGAGUAGGAUAUAGCUGAGCCAAGGAUAAAUGUCACAUACAUGAUGGGGAGCGGGAUGUCCAUCCCCCCCAGUCGUUGCAAAUUAUGCCACCAAAAACACCCAUCCCCUGAAAAUGGGCACAGUCAAAACAGGAAUGUGUGUGUUGUCUUGACCUACAAGCGUGGGCGCAGCCGGGGGCGGGAGAGGGGCAGCUCCCCCCUCAUCAAUAAAAUUCAAUAAAAAUACAUAGCAAACUGAGGUUUUGCCCCCCCCCCGCUAACGAAAGGCCUGCCCCCCUAACAAAAAUCCUGGCUACGCCCAUGCCUACAAGGUGCAAAAACCUGUUGCAUUUCCCCCUUGUGCAUGUUCCAGCUAAAGCUGAGCACUUUAACAGAACAAUUCUAUGUCUGUUUUCCUCUGAAGUCAACCCAUUGAAAACAGCAUGGCAGUUUAAACUCUCUUGCUGGAUUGUGUCCCUAUGUUAAGAAUGCAGCCUUGAGGAAAGACAUGCAGUCUGUGUUUGGUAAAUGAGAGACAUGCACUUGUUUGAACAAAAGGCUCUUGGAAUCUAAGAGGGUUCACACACACACACACACACACACACACACACAUACAGAGUGCUGUUAUGAAGGAUGUGGGAGAGAGUGGUAAGAUUCUGGGUCAAGAUAAAGCUAAGGCAUAGAAAUUCAGUGGUUCUAGAGUAGGGCCGUAAUUACAAUUGAAAACUGGUUCAGACAAACUGCAAUAUUUUAUGGUGUAGCAGGAAAGAAACCAAGCUGAGCCUGUGAGGUGCUGGAUUCAAAUCUUGCCUCUGGCUCAAAAGUCACCAGGGGUUUGACAGACCUACAUCAAAGCAGAAGCUAACAAAGUAUUUAGCUUCUGAAGAGUGACCUUUCCCUUGCUGUCACUCUCCAGAUGCCAUGCAUUCCUGACCCUGUAGUGGAUGCUCAUUUCCUCAACACACUAUUGUCUUCCCCAGGCCUCUGAAGAGCUAUCUGCUAUUUGCACAUUUAUGCCUUCAAAGAAACACAUGUUUAAAUCGCUUUUCUCAAAGAAAGCUUGUACAAUCUAGAAAACAUCACCUGUGAUAUCUCAGGCACCGAGAUAGCCGGUGCUCUUCACUGUCCCUUAUUCUUCAGACUAGCAGAACUUGUUCCUCCUGAGCUUAGUCCCACACAUGACAACAAUAUGUGUGCUUUCCAUCAAAGAGUCCCGAUGUUUUUGUAAUGUACAUCUAGAGUUUUCCUUCCCCUCGUGCCUUAUUGUUUGCCCAUCUCCAUCUUGUCCUCCCACAAUUUGCAAUAAGGUUAGUAUUGUUGUUCCCAGUCUUACAGAGCUAUUGCAAGGUUUACCAGGGUGAUUGGAUGCAAAACAGUGUGACCAUUCAAAAUCCCUAUCUAUGCAAAAUAUUAUUUCAACCUACAACAAAAUAUUACAGCAUAUCAUCUCUGCACCCCGCAGUGGUAGUGUUCUGUUCAGAGUACCUUUCUCUGAAUUGUUAGGAACUUGAAUUGUUAGUAACUCCACCUUUUCCAGCUGACACUCAACAUUCCUUGUUGCUGGAUUUUGGUGUGUGUGUGUGUGUGUGUGUAUAUAUAUAUAUAUAUAUAUAUAUAUAUAUAUAUUGCAGCAGAGUGCAGAAAAUUAGUCUGGCGAGACUGCUGGUAGGAAAAAAAGAAGAAGCUUAAAAGUUUAUUAUUCCUUGUGAACAAAGCCAGUCUGAAUAUAAGCUUGCCUGCGGCAAUCAUGGAAUCAUUAUGCUAACAAGAGAAGGUCCAACACUCAGCUUUUGUAGCUGGAGUCAGUCCAGGUGCUGCCCUCCCAUGCCAGGUGAGGGAAAGCCUGCAAGGCAGGGAGCAGGUCUUUCAGGACUUGCAGCCAAGAUGGCUCACUAUUAAGAGAGUGUGAUAUUGCUCCCUAAGUAUUCUCUGUGUUUCAAGUGGACCACAGCUAAUCAUUUUUGUAAGGAAAGGAAAUGUUCAGUCAGCAUUGGUGAACUUUUUAGCUUGGAGUAGAUUCCAUAUAUAUCAGUUCUGCACCAUUUCAGACUGAAAAUCCAGUUGACAAAGAUGGUGUAUUCAUGUGGCAUGUCCUCUUGUGCAUCAAAGACAAGAUAGGGAAGGCAGGAAGGAGGGGUAGAGCUUGUUAAGCUGUUUUUGGAGAAGGUGCUAGAACUCCACACCAGGAAAGAGAUAGGUUGCUCUGCACCUUUGCCAAAAGGCCUCACUAUAAGGUCUUAACUAUGGUCUGAAAAAACUUGCUGCAAAUAAAACUUGGCUCAUUUUUAUUUUGAUAGCAAAUAGUGGGAAUGUUUCAGCGGUUUUGAGUUAUUUGUCCUUCUCAUUUUAAGAGCUGCCUGCAGCAGCUGUUUGCAGGGACACUGAAAACCAGCCUUUAUGACAUUUCUUUACCCCUCUCUGAAGAGAUCAUAUUGUUAUUUUUGGCGCCUCUGGUCUUCACAAGAAUUUUUGUAGUUUAUGAAGGCACUUGUAUGUUCUCCUUCCUGAAGCAUUUAUAUUUAGAGUUGACUUCCUGUCAGGGAAUUUCUCACCUUUGGGAGCCCAGAGCCUGAUGAUUUUAGUCUCUGGUGGUGCCCUCUUUUCCCCCUUUUUUCUUUUUAAACUCAACCUGCUUUGCUGAUAGAUGAAAAUUCAGCUUGCAUUCUUAAAUGUAAAUUAAAUUUAGCAUAUGAAAAGGUCAUGGAAUACAUUGGCUUAAUAUAAAAAUGCAAUGUUUUAACAUUCAUAUCUACACAGAAGUAUAAUUUUAUGCAAGUGAUUAUAUGCAACCAAUACCUACAUAUUGGUCUAAUAGAGCACAUUUCUUUACUGGGAUAGAAAAUGCCUUGUUCUCUCCAGCGUCUCAUAUUUGGGGCAUAGCUUGACACUGAAGAGAAUGGGACAGGUUAAUCAAGCUCACAGAACUAGUGAAUAUUGGCAUUUCCUGUUGUGCGCAUCUGCAGCCCUUGCGCACACCUGUAAUAGGCUAGAUUUUUCCCCCCUGUGUUAAAAAUGCUAAGCGAUAACAACCAUUGAUUUAUGAGCUAUUCAGGAAGCUUCCUUUAAGACCAUUUGCAAUCUGAAGCACAACACUCAUGGGGCUUUCCAUAUUUCGCACCCCAAACCCAGAUCUGUCAAACAGACCAUAUAGACCCACUUACUAUUCCGAUAGACCAUGGCUGACAAGCAGCUGCUAUUUAAUGCCAUUGUAGUUGUGCUAAAUAUAGCACAGCUGUCAACCUCAGCAAACAAAUAAAUAAAACCGUCUUCCCCAACCACAGCUGCAAAGGCAGCAACUGGGGAGCUGAGUUUAUUUCCCUUGCAUAUGUUAUCAUAAAAUCAAGUCAAUGAGGUUUUAUUUUUAUUUUUUUUUGUUCUGAAAUGACCUGGUGCCCUCCAAAAGCUUGACCAGCUUUAUGCUAAAUUAGUAAUAAUAACGAAGUGAGCUGUGAAAAUGUCGGUUUCAUUAAGGGAGCUGGUAAUCCUGUUAGCCUUGCUGCUUGUGGUUUGUGGGGGUCCCUGCAUUGCCACAGAUUUACAGCUCAUUCCUAGGGCUUAAGCUGCAAGAAUAUAUGAAGCGACUUCUACUUCUGUCUCCCUGGGAAGCUUUCCUUGAGUACUUAUCCAUUCCCUGUUUUAUAGAAUUAGGCAGGGUACAUUUGUGCCAGACUUUGAGCUUCUGUGGCUUAUGAAGGUGAAUAGAAAGCAGUGCACAAUUUAAGAGUUGGUCAUGUUCUCUCUCUUCCCCUUCCCCAAAGCAAUACAAACUUCACUGUGUGUAACUGCUGUGAUGUGAUUGUUUGAUCUGCGCCAAACAAUCUUUGUAGUGUAAAGCUAGUAGAAAGAUCCUUAGGCUUGGCCUUUUCUUGAAUCAUAGGAUCGGUCUGUUGAACAAGAAAUUGAACAUAUUAAAACGCCUAACCUUAAGAGAGUAGUUUUUAUCACUUCUUUUUUAUAAAUUGAAAUUAUUACUAACAUUUUAUUAUUCUGUAUAUCCAGGCACUUUUCUGAACUCUGUAUCAAUCAAGGGAAUAUGAACUUUAAUUGAAAACUCUGUGUUAUACUUCAGAAACUGGCGUGUCCCAUCCCUGGGUAACAUUGUACAAAAGCCAGACAUCAACUAAAAGCCUAACCUGCUUAGGGUGAAGCCCACCAAGUCUUGCUUCCAUUGCUGAUUCCAGUAGGUUUGAUAGGGUUGCUGGGAUGGAAUACAUAAAACGUAUAUAGUAAUUGCUUUCUUUCACAGUCACAUGGCGCGCGCGCGCACACACACACACACACACACAGAGUCAUACCUUGGAAGUCGAAUGGAAUCUGUUCCGGAAUUCUAUUUGACUUCCAAAACAUUUGAAAACCAAAGCGCAGCUUCUGAAUGGCUGCAGGAAGCAGCUGCAGCCAAUCAGAAGCCACGGAAGCCCCGUCGGAUGUUCGGCUUCCAAAAGAACAUUAAAAAACCGGAACACUCAUUUCCAAGUUUCGAUUGUUCGGGAGCCAAAAUGUUUGAGAACUAGGCUGUUUGAAAACCAAGGUAUGAUUGUAUAUGCCUUGAAGAUAGAGACCUGCUGUCUCAUUCUUUGUAAGGUGUCAUGAAUUUAAGAUGGCACUAUAAUAAAGAUAUGGUUGGUUUUGACACUUCAAAUGUGUGAAAAAAGAAAGUAAUAUCAAAGGACUAGAACCAAAUGGCUACAAAAGAAGUAAUAUGGUAGGAGUAAUAAUAAAUGAUUACAAACUGGCUAUUUGUAUUUAUUUUGCUUGAACAAAAUUCAAUUCAGUUAUCGUCAUCUGGUUUUGUGAUUUAAUAAACUAUUGGACUGUCGAGUAAAAUGCAUAAGCUUCCUCCCAAACAAUCCAGUCAGAUAUACUGAUAUUUAUUUCUAUAAUAGCUACUCCUUAAGCAUAUAUCACUGUGAAGAUCUAGUUCUUAAUGAACUCCCAUAUUACGUAUCUAGUCUGUUCUUAAAUAAGAGGUAGAGUGUGUGUUUUUCACCUUGCAUGCAACAGAGCAGUGCAAAAAAGUUCAACAUCAGAAGGCAAACUGGGAGCUGGCCAUCCUAUUUUUAAAGUACAUGCCUCACCAACGUCAUGAUUCAUUAGAAAGCCUAUCUUCAAAUCCUUGUUUGUCAUGAGAUCAUUCCUGGUAUUCCACAGGAAGCUGUCAGAUAUGCUUUAUGUGUGUGAUGCCUGGCCAGAGAUUAAAUGCAGAUGGUUUUUGAGUCAGAUAACAUGGCAUGAACUUUCUCCAGUACACUAUGACUUAGUUUAUUUGCAGGCAAAAUUCUUACAACUGAUAUACAGUACUUUGGAGUUAAAGAGAUUCUGUUAAGGAUGUGCUUUUGCCUUUGAAUUGUACCAGUGUUUGAUGUCAUUAGCUAUAUGGCAGAUCUACAUGGAAGAAAUUCCUUCUUGCCUAGAUUCAGAGAGAGCAGCACCUGGUCUCUUUGACUAGGCCUGCUUGUUGUAUCUGUCAAAUGGCAGGGACACUGACUAUAACAAGCUUCGUGCAGGACUGCUGUACUGAGGUUUUUUCUACAAUCAAGCCGUAUAUCAGUUUUACGAAACAAACAAAUAAGAACUUAUCCUUGGUUUAAUGUGGAGAAGAGAAUUUGUUUCUCUGUGAUGCUUUGUGAUGCUAAAUACUUGGCUCUAUUUUUUUAGCUUUCAUCAUUUAAGCUACAGAGAAUUCAUUUGUGUUCCUUUUAUUUCCAUAUGUGUUUCAACAUACAUACAGAAUGCCUCUGCCCCCCACCCCUACAACCUUAUUUAAGAAUAGUCCUGAUUUGAUUUUAUUUUGCAUUGGAGUCUGUAAUAACCUCAGCCUACUUGGCACACUCAAGAGUGGAAUCUGCCGAAACUGCUUCCAUGCAGGAAAAACGGCUUUGGUGCAGUAACACUUCUAACUGUGGCUGAGAUCUAAAGAGCUACUUUAGGUGGCCCUGAGAGCUUGGGCUUGCCUAGUAGGCCCCUCCAACUCAUAAAUAACUUGCUUUGCGGCUUUGGGAACCAACCCUCAAGGGCAUGCAAAACUAGGCUUCUAAUCACUGUGUGUUAGUUCAGUCUCAUGGUGAGUCUUCCUGCUAGCAGUCACCAGGGAGAUUUAUUUUGUAAACCACUUCAUGAUAGUGAAAGGCUACAAGUAAAAUACUUCUGGGAGUUUCCAGAACAGCAGAGAAUAAAAGAACAAUGAAUACGAGUUAUUAAAACUGGUAAGUCCUUUUGGGGAAAUGUGAGAGAGAAAAGAUGCAGGCUGAGGAGGAACCUCCUCUGUUUUUUUGUGAGAACAGCUACAGCAGGGUAACAACUGCAGUUCUUAGGUUUGCUUCCGAAAGGGAAAAAAGGAUGCUGAAGAUUUUCAAGCUUACCACCCUCUCUGCUUUUCCUUUUAAUCAAAGACAAAGCCAAGUAUCCCUUUAGUUCAACCUUCCAUGCAACAAGAGAGAGUGAUCAUGCAGCAAGAUGGAAUGAACAGCCAAGACAUGCAGCAGCAUUCAGUUUUAUCCUCACCAAGAGCAACAAGGACAAGUUUGGAAGACGGAAGUAAAUACAUUGCGCACACCAUGGAUGAGCCAGUAGGCAUUUCUCCAGUUUUGACUAACGCCUUGGAACACAUUGUGGAGCAGCUGGAUGUUCUUACUCUUGUGAGUAAAUCCCCAACACUAUUGCAUGUACUGGAGUGCCUGCAAAUAAAUAAUAAAUCACUAGGCUUCUUGGGGCUAGUGGUGAAGUGACAAAUAGCCCUGUUCCUCCUUCAGGGGCCAGCUAGGCCUUGCGUUUGGUCUAGCAGGACUCUUCCUGUCUCCUUACGCCUCUGGGCCCUCAAUUCAACAUUUAUCUAUUUUAAAGAUUGACAUCAAAAACUUUCUAUUCAAAAACUUUCUCAGGUGGGCCUACACAAAUGGUAACUCCUUCAUUGACCUGAGGCAGGCUACACUCAGUCUCUCUGCCUCAGCCCUUCGUCGAUCAUAAAUGCAUAAUAAUACUAUCUACAGAGUUGUAAUAAUUACCAAUAGUAUGUUUGUGAAGUAGGACUUCUGAUCAGUCAGCGAAAGAAAUUGCGUAUCAUAUGUCAAUGCCAGUAUAGAUGUCUUUCUGAGAUAUUGAAGGAAGUAGAAGCACUUUAAAUUUAAUAAAAGUUGCUACUCUUUAUCAGAUGGAUAUGCCACCAUAAUUAACAUACCUGAGCUAAAAUAGUGUCGAAAAAGAAGUUUUCCACAAUAAAAAAAAUUGCUCAGCCCAACGGAUAACAAAUUCCUCCCCACCCCAAUUAGCAAAUGCCUUAGUAGAUUGAUCUACUACCGGUAAUUUAAAACAAACUGCUUUAUAUGUGAAGUACUUUGAGCUCCUAGAAAAAAUACAUCAGCUGCAGAAUAAAAACAAUAAUAGGUGAAAUAGAGAAUAAUUGUAUUAGAUAAAAGUAUGUUAUAUAAAGCAGUAGGUAUAAGGUAGGAAGAAAAUACAUCAUUGUGGUAAGGGUGAGAAGUCAAAAUUUUAAGAAAAACAUAUUUUGAAACUUAAGUAAAUUUGUAAAACUUGUGAAAAGAAAAAAAAUUAUGACCAAGAAAAAGAAAAAAAUACAUCCUUUAAUCAUUUUUGUUAUUGUCGAUGUAUUUAAGGUCUAUCAGAGCAUUACCCAAUUUCUACCCAAGAAGCACAGAACGUGUCUUACAUGGUGUGUUCAGAUCCACAAAAACUUGCUCAACACUUCUCAGUAACACCAUUCCUAUCAAUUUAAUGUGUUCCACAAUAAGUGGAGAAUAUAUUUGAAAGCAGAUAUCACUGAAAAGUUGGAUUCUGAUACAACAAAGUAUUUCAGACAUUUGUGAUGUCCAUCCAAGCCCUUUCUGAAGUCCCUUCAUCACUCACAAUAUUUACGUGCCAAGACCUGAGGACCCCCUGAGAAGGCGCUUCCAAGGGUACGGAGGGGUGUGUCACUCAUUCUUCCCCAGCUGCAGUCUCCACAUCACAUGCCUUACCUGCAGCUGUUCAGGGCUACACCUGUUUGGGGGAAGGGAGAGAUUUGGAAAAACCCUGGCGUGUGUGCAGAACAUCUCAUGUGACCCUGUGGGUAUCAGCUUUGAAAGGGGAACUCUCAACACUUUAGUUUCCAGAGUUAUAGAAGCUGGAGGCUUUAUUCUCCGAAUCAAUACUCUAGUCUGAUACAACUGAAUACAUAGCACAUACAGGGAUGCUCUGUCAAAAAAUAUAUAUAUUUGGAUUUUAGAGUUCUUCUCCAAUAGUUUGUUUUAUUUUGAUGCCAAGACCAUGAUGUGUUUAGCACGGCAAAAAACCCCAUGUAUUUUUAAAGUUUCCGUGAACUACUGAAAUGGUGGAAUAUCUGAAUCAAAUCUUGCAGUUCUCUGGUUUCUUUAGUGUAUUAAGAGAAGUUAUUUUGUAAAUAAAACAUUGCGAUCAAUAACAAGCACUUGUUGCCCUGUUCUCCUAACAGACUGUCUCAAUCUUGGAGCAGCGUCUGACUUUGACGGAAGAUAAACUGAAAGAGUGCUUAGAGAACCAAGAGAAACUGUUACUCUCUGUCAGAGAUUGAAAAUAAACAAUGCAAAUGCAUUCUCAGGAAGACAAAACAGUGACAUGAAGCAAAUAAAAUGUGCCUCUUUGGUGUAAGUGAUUUCCCUAAAAAUCAUUGAUAACAUUUUGAACAUGUAAUUUUGUGUGUGCGCGUUUAUUAAAUAUAUAUUUGUGUUUUUCUG